CUGCUUUCUCUGAACAGACGACGUCCAACAUGACUGGCGCGCACGACGAAGGAGACCUGGCGAUGCCGAGCGUGCUGCGAGUCGGCCUCGAGAUCGAAAACAUUGGCGAACGCAUCCCCUCGUCGAAGAAGCGCUUAAGCUGGCGCUUUGUCUUUGCCGACUCUGAGGAGGUUCACACUGUCACGCUCGAACACUCGCGAGUGUCGGCGAAGAAGCGCGUGAAACUUGAUGGCAAGCGCAUCGGUGCGUCCGAGAGCUUCACAGCGGGGCCCUGGACGUUUGAAUUUGCCAUCCCGACCCAUCCAAACGUCCCAUUUCAAAUUGUGAUCAAAGAUUUGCCGUCGCUCGGAUUCUUGGAACGGGCACGGGCCAACUUGAACCCUGACAUUCUUUACUCGUUCUGGGUGUACGGCAAGAAGUGGGAAGAACUGACGGACCGACCACUCAAGUACGAGUCUACGGGGCUCUCGAACCGCUGGAGCAGUGCAUCGUACUGCCGCCGCGUCCAGUUCUCCGUCGACUGCAAUCAACAAAAGGACGUGCGUGUGUCAUGGAUGUUCACAUUCGGCCAAGACGGAGAAGUGCAUCAAUUGAUGUUGGAAGAUUGCGCAGACGGAAGCAAGAUUCUCGUGCUGGAUCGCAUGAGUCUACGUCACGAUCAGCCUACCGACUCGGCUCUUACGUUGGACCUCAUGGACGAGAUCAAGCAGGAAGCGUGGGUGGCACAGCACUCGAUGGGCGAGAGCGACCACGAACUUGUCGUCCGUGUACUGCACGACGCGAGCUCGCUUGAGGCCAAGUACGCGCUGUUCAUCAACGGGUGCUCGUGGGUCGAUAUGGCGUCGACAGACUACACGUUGCAGCCGGGGUACUACCCCGUCCAUUCCAAGUCCACGGGAAAGGUGUACUAUCGCGACGACGCGAACAAGGUAACAGUGUGGGAAAAGCCCAUCGUGCUACGGAAUUCAAGCGGCAGCGGCGCCGACACACAAGUAUCUCCCACAUCGACGAAAUCGGAGAACGCUGGGGUGUCUGCGCCGCUUAAACCCGUAGAUCUCGGCCAUUUGCUGGUGGAGCCCAUGGUAGACCUGAUGAACUUCUCGGAUGACGCCAAGGACGAACAAGGCGACACAUCGGGGUCGAGUGGAACGAGCAGUCCCAAGGACCUUGCCGAGCUUGUAGGUACCGAUGUCCCGGCGGCCCCAGUCGACCUGCUGGCCUAGGCGAAUGUAUUUAUAAGUUACCAUAAUGAGAAGUUACAGUCGUCAA